AGACCUCUACUGCAGAGAACCACACAUGGCUCCUACAAUCACUUCAGCAAUGACUUCUCCUGAGAGUCACCUGACUCUAACUCAUAAGAUCAGGAAGCCGCUGGUGGAAAAGCUACGCAGAGAGCGAAUCAACAGCAGCAUUGAGCAGCUCAAGUCUCUGCUGGGUCCAGAGUUCCUCAAACAAGAACCUGACUCCAAGAUGGAGAAAGCAGACAUUCUGGAGAUGACGGUGGUCUUUGUGAGACAACAGCAGCUCUAUCGCCGAGGACACUCAGUUUCAUCCUCUGCCAACCAGGGUCACUCCAGGUGUGUCCAGGAGAUGGUCCACUUCCUGUCUAAGGAUGAGGGGAAGACACAGUCCAACGGAAGAGUAUUGGACCAUUUCCAGAACCAUCAGUCCUCCUCUGAACCGGACAUGAAGGUCCCAGUGAGCCCAGUCAAGCCCAGCCUGGGCCAGCAGAAGCCGAGGGCCAGCCCCAGCCCGUGGAGGCCGUGGUAGAGACCCGGAUGUGCUCUCUGAAAGGGACCGUUGUUGUACAACCACUUGGUUCAAGACUGCUACGCUUGUUGUUCUGUUUUUCCUCAUUUUUUGCCGUCAAAAAAUUGCUGUCUAUUACCUUUUGUGAAGGUGCCACUCAGCCGGGAUUCUGUUACUGUCAUAUUUACAGACAGGUUUCUUUCUGUUCUUAUGCAUCAAAAUCUGAUUCUUGUAUUGUAUUGUUUUUUGGUAAAAAACCCAAAUCACUGUUUUUUCCUCCCUAUGGGAAAAUUGUUAUAAUAUGAAAGCUACUGAUUCUACCAGCAUAUGGGUUUGUUGUUUUCUCGUUUAAAGUUGACAAUGUCAAAUGUUUUACAAACUGUCUGCAUUUUAGUCAGACAAAGAGUUUUGUGUUUUUCUCUGUUAGGAGAAGAUCACAUCAAAACCAAUGUGCUGUUUUAUCACUCUAUGAGUCAACGCACCUUUCACUUCUAUGAAGAGAUUGUUACUGUUAUUGUUGAAUAACAUGCCUUAAAAUGAACGUUUUCCUUCAAAACAAUUUGAUGCGAAUAAACACAAUCAUAAAAAACAA